UGUAACCUUUAGCAUAAUUUUAUUCAUCUGUUUAUUAUUAAUGCAAUGGCCUUUGAGUUUUUCUUUCAUCAAUAUCUUAGUUUUUAUUUGUUUACAAUCAAGAAAAUUAAAGAAAAUAAGUGAUUCUUGGUGGGCGUUUGUGUGUUUUUCUUGUUUGGUUUUAUGAGGUGUCUUGAUGGAACAUAAAAAAGGUUGAAAGGUGGUCUGAUAUUUUGAGAGAAGAUGGCCAUGUCACUGGAGGACCUCCUCGCAAAGGAAGGAUUCAAUAGGAGGAUGUCAAAAACGAUGCCUAGAGCUUCAUCGGGAACAAAGGGAAAGAGUGGUCCUAUUUACCGACUUCAAGAUCCUUAUAAGUAUGUCGCUUCAUCAGGUGCAAAAAAGACGGAGAGGAUAAAAUCUGAUAUCCCCCGGCAUGACUUGAAAAGUAAGCACAGAAUGGGCUCUUGCGAUCUAUCAUCAGAUGUUAAGAGGAUAAGUAUUAGUUCUUUCGAUGAGUUUCUAUCUGCUAAUGCUUCUCAAAGCAAUGAGAUAGUUGAGGUCGAAGAGCGAAAUGAUUUGAGAUACAACCGUAUAUACUCAAAUCGAACUUACAGAAAUGACGGCGAAGGCAAGUCUUCUAGCAGAAGUGAGGAAGCAGAAGCAAAGAGAGAAUCCUUCGGAAAAGAUACACGAGCAACAACAAAAUGUCUCAAUAAUUCGAGCAAACAUAUUUCAGGACGUCCAAGCUUUAGAGAUAAUUAUCAGAAGCAUAUGGAACAGCCGGAGACGUCCUACAGCAGAUCAGCUAGAAGUUCACUAACCAACAAAAGUUACGGGGAGAUUGAGCACAAUGCAGCUGUUCCUGCUUUUGAUGAAGUAGCUAUUCAAGCCGUUAUCUCUAUCUUGAGCGGGCAUAUAAAAUGUUUUCUCCGAGAUGAGGAUUUUAGGACAUCGCUUCGUCACAAUAGUUUUGCUUCCCUAAAUUUUGUUGGAUCUGAAGAAGGCCUGAAUACUGAAAGCAAGAUCAUAGCCACUCUAGAACAGGCUAUCGAAACAGUAGAAAGAGCUGCAGAGGAUUGUGCAAAUGAGAGAGAGCUUAAGAAAGCCUCACUGCAGCUUAGUAUAAUAACUGGGUUGAAUUCAGGUGAGUUACGGGAUCAGUUUACGUCUGGAAUUCCCAAUUCUAAAUUGGCAGCUUGUGCUCAUCUGUAUCUCAGUGUAAUAUAUAAGAUACAGAAGAAGGACCGUAGCGCUGCAAAGCACCUCCUGCAAGUUUUCUGCGAUUCACCUUUUCAAGCAAGGACUAGUUUGCUGACUGAUUUGUGGGAUCGCAUGUUUCUUCCUCAUCUUUCACAUUUAAAGGACUGGUAUGAUUCAGAAGCUAAUUUUCUUGAUGAUUUACGUAAUAAGUCAAGAAAGCUGAAGCUACUUGACAAAUUGUACAGUGAAAAUCUGGACAAAUGUACUUCUCAGUUUGCAGUUUACUACAAGGAUUGGCUAAUCGAUGGGGCUGAGAUUCCUGUAGUUCCUUCUAUUCAAAUUCCUUCGAUAUCUAUACAGCGUGGAGGUUCCUUUAGCAACUCUUCCCACUUAAGUAGUGGCCUUGGCGGUUUCUCACCUCAGCCGUUUGUUAGCAAAAAGUUGUAUGAUGAAGUAUUCCGUCAUUCACAUAAACUAGGAGCGGAAUCAGAAGAGCACCAGGACGAAAGCUAUGAAAUUAGUAAGAGAAGGCCUGCUAGUUUUGCUGCUAAAAAUCUGGUACCGUUGACAUACUCCGCUGAAGUGAUUAAGUGUAUAGAGCGAGAUGUUGAGCCUGGUGCUACAGAUGAUUCAUUAAGUUUUGAAUACGUAACUUCAAACAACUUGGAUCGGUAUGUGUAAAUUGUUGGUUAAAAUCCUGGAUAAGUUUCUGCCACAUUUUGUCCGGUGAGAUUUGAAGCAAAUGAAGUACUACAUGGUCCAUUUACGACAAUAAAUAGAGGACGUUUGAAUGAUGUAGAUGCCUUAGCUCCUGUAUUCCAAUUUACCCUUGGAUUCUUCAAAAUCUAUUUUGUAAAACAACUUGUAGUUUUGUGGA